AUGGCGGCCCCCACGGCCCUCUGGGUCGCGGAGCGGGAUGAACUCUGGCGCGGGCGGCGGCAGCGGCGGCGGCUGCGCUGGGGCCGCGGCGCGGUCCCGAGGGGGCAGUCCCGGAGGGGAUGGCUUUGCCCCGUCGGCGCUGGGGACUCGAGAGCAUUGGGAUGCUGUCUAUGAGAGAGAACUGCAAACUUUCCAAGAAUAUGGAGAUACAGGAGAAAUCUGGUUUGGAGAAGAGAGUAUGAAUCGGCUAAUAAGGUGGAUGCAAAAACGCGAGAUUCCAUUGGACGCUUCAGUGCUUGAUAUUGGAACUGGAAAUGGUGUUUUCUUGGUUGAACUUGCAAAAUUUGGAUUUUCUAAUAUUACUGGAAUUGAUUACUCUCCUUCUGCAAUACAGCUUUCUGGAAGUAUUAUAGAGAAAGAAGGUUUAUCUAACAUUAAGUUGAAGGUAGAAGACUUUUUGCAUCUUUCCACAGAGCUGUCUGGAUUUCAUAUUUGUGUUGACAAGGGGACUUUUGAUGCCAUAAGCCUUAAUCCUGACAGUGCAAUUGAGAAGAGGAAGCAAUAUGUGAAAUCCCUCUCCAGGGUGUUGAACGUCAAAGGCUUUUUCCUAAUAACCUCAUGUAAUUGGACCAAGGAAGAGUUGCUAAACGAAUUCAGUGAAGCUUGCAUUACCCAGAGCUCUUCAUCCAGUGAGUUGCAAGCGUGACAUUUGCUGUGUUUUCAGCACCUGCCAACUUGGAAACCAGGGUUUGUGCUCAGGACUUAGGCUUACAACCCACACUUUGUGGUGCACAAUGCUGUCCCAGCUGGCAUGCUUCGUACCUCAAUGGUGCUAGACGUUUGGUUACAAAGCUGUGCAGAUUCACAUGCGCUGAUUUCAAUAGGCAUUCCGCUUCAAGCUGCUUUCAACUCUCAUUUUGUAUCAAAGGAGUUAGAUUGGUUUCAUUAAAUUCACUGCCAUGGUUAUUUUUCAAUGAAAAUACAUUUGUUUUAUUUAGUUCUUGCAUCAAAAAGUAACUUUGUCUUCAAGAACCGAAGUGCCUCUUAAAAAAGGUGUGUAUAUAGAUAGGGGAGAUACCUCUCUAUGUGUAGAUAUUACUACUUACCUACCUACCUACCUGUCUGUCUGUCUGUCUAUCGAUAUGAGAGAGAUUCCAGCCAGAGCUAUAAUUCCUUGUCAUCAGUGGAAAAGUUUCAGAACACAAUAUAAAAGAUCAGAAAGGAAAGAAUGGAAGGAUUAGUGUGUCCUAACAUGCAUGUGUGGGUAGGGCUGUUAGUUGUAGCUGGCUCAUAGAUGAAUAAAAUCUACAUUAGAAAAUUGUCCCCAUAGUAGAUUCAGAGUUUUGGCUUUUAUCUGUAACCAAAAACUUUCCAUAUCUUCCAAAGAAAUGUAUUUUGCUAACUUGUUUUCCAUAGCCAGUCUUUUUGAAAAUGCUUCAGGUGGACUUGGUGGUGUUUGUCUUCCCAUCAUCUAUUAUAAGCAACUUUAAAAGGUCCUGCUUUAUAAAAGAUCUUUUCAGAUUUAGAAAGGACAGUGUGAAAUGUGAAUGACUGGCUUUUAAUACAGCAGUUGUGACAAAGAGGCAGUGGCUUUUGGAAGCCGAAUAAAGGGGUUAAUACACAUCUGCGUACUGUGCUGUUGGGUCCAAUGUAUAACAAGUUUGAUGUUUGUUUCAUUCACUUUAUUCUAAAAAAGAAUAUACUGUGUUAUUCUCAGAGACAAACUAGUUUAUGACUUUUUAGUGGUGAGCUCUUUUUACAGCUAUAGGCACACACAGAUUUGAUGGGUUAAACUGAACACCAUUGACUGGUACUUGAUCAGACUUCAAAGCUUAGCUCCUUGUUGCUUGAAUAUCACAUUCAUCUGCUUCUAAAGGCACAAAAAUAAAACACCCACUAACUACCUAGGACACUCCUUAGUGCAUAUCAGAAUCCAACCUUUACCCUCCUCUGCACAAAUGUGCUUAGGUGAAUACUUUAUUAGCUUGUUGAUACAAGUUAUAGUUGGUUACACCCUUUCUUAAUAAAAUACACCCUUACUGUCUCCUCUUGCUUAAGAGCUUUACACUUGGAAUAGGGCAACUCUGUAGUAUAGAAUGUAAUUCAGUUUAAAUUCUCCCAGACAGUUUUGAGGAGACAUGAUGGAUGCGUGCUGUACGCACAGGUGUUCCUCCCUUUGGUGGUUCUGCUUUGAGAGGGGCCAGGAGAGGCAGUAUUGCUGUGCUCUAUCCCUGUUUCAUUUAUCUGUCUUGGAGGGAGACCGUAUGGGAUCCCUGCAUUUUAUAGUUCCCAGGUGUUCGUGGCUUACCCCAGUUAGUGUUGGUCAAUGAUAAUGGAGAAGGUACAAGUGAUCAUUUCAGAUUAUUUAUGGAUUUAUUCCUAAAUUGACUUAUGAAUUUGUGUUUAGUUGCCUGGUAGUGCUCUAAAUCUGGUUUUGCUUUGGUUUUGACCUUUAAGGAUUGAACAAAGGUAGACACCCCCCCCCCCCAAUACAGCUUACAUUGUUUUACAUCCAGAGUUCAACUGCAUUUAUUUUUGCGCUUCUGAAUUGAGCAAAACUCUAAUAUAAAACCUUUGGGUAGGACUUCUUAAAUAAUAAACAACUAUGUAGUAUACAGCCUUAAAGAGUGGGGGUGUUUUAGAUGUAUAGGACUUAACUGCAUAAUGUGGAAAGAGCCACAUAGUAUCUGGAAGGUAAAGUGAUCCAGGCCUUAAUGUAUAUACCGGUUAGCUUUUGGAGAUUCAAAUUAAGUACAUGAGAAAUAGCCAUUCAUUGGUUCGUAGCACAACUCCUUGAGCAGGUAUUUUAGUUUGUGCAUUUGCAAGAAAGCCUCAGAACCAGAAAAACAGGCUGCUUUAGGUUGGAAAGGAGGCGUUGCAGUAAACGGGCUUGCCAUAACCACAAUCCUUGGAAUUUUCUGAGACUAAAAUCAUCCCGAAAGAAACAAGAAUCAUGGUUGCAAUAAUUGUCUCCGGGCUCUGGACCCCUGCAUUUUAUUUUCUAUGUUGACCUGAUGAACUAGUAAUUGUAGGAAUAAGCUGAAUGUUUGCCAGCAGGAGUCACUCUAGGCUUCCUAAUAAAAAGUAAAUUAAACUAUAUUCUUAAAGCUCUCAAAGGCCGAGGUGACACUGUGAUAAAAUGGCAUUAGGGAAGUGUAGCAGUAUUCUCAAAUUAUCCCUUGUACCUUUCUUUGUUUAACUUAGGAAGACUUAGUUCUUGCUCCUUUCAAAAUUGGCCCUUGAUAAAUUCUUUUAAAGCAGUGUUUAUGGAUAAGGAUAUCAGAAUCUUAGCAUUCUCCCUGUUAGCUCAUUUUGGCUUUUGUGGGAUGAAUGGGUUAUAUCCCACAUCAUCUACUUGAAUGAGUAGACUCACAUCCUUCUGACUGUAGGCCAUCCUAAUCUUGCAGAAGAAACCACUGGAGUGAGCUGUAGCUCUUGUGAAAGAUGUUAGCUCAUGAUUUUCUGAAAAAGAAUGGGUCCAGUGUGAGAGAAACUGAAAUAUUUCAGCAAUAGCCAUGAAAUAUAAGAGUUUCCCAAGUGCUCAAGAAGUUAAUUGUUCAUUUAUGUUUGAUACUGGGAUUGAAACAUUGGAUUAAAACCAAUUAAAUGUUCCUAGAAGCAACAGAAAAAGUUUCCUGAUUUAUGAAUAGAACCAUUCAAAUAGCGCAGACACAAUCCAUGUAAAGUAAUGAGGUGUUUUGUUUUUUUGGCAAAGGAGAACACAAAACAGGCAUAGGGGAGUUCUUUAAAAAAAAAAAAAAAACCUCCUCUCUAAAAAUCUCUUUGGAUACAAGGUCAAUAAAAUAACAUACACUAGUAGGACGGAGUAAUGGGAAAUCUAGGGGUUCACUUCACAAGGAAAACAAUCCCCCUCCCCCAGGUGAGCAGUACAAUGAAAAUGCUCUGCUUAUUCUAUCAGGGUUACAUUCCUGAACUUAAGUCAACAUCCUAAGUUACAGAACGAAACAUGCUCUGCCUCUGCUUAGCAACCACAAAUCCUUCCUUCACCAGUUGCAUAUAUUUUGCAUGUGGCUUCUGAAGUACACAUUCCUUUAUUUUGAUCAGCGCCCCGAGUUAGGAAAGUAGCGCUUUAUUUUCCCAAAG